AACACAACCUCAGCAUCCCAUCUCAGCUUCUCCUCGCACAGUUCUCAUAGCAUCAUCUCCAAUGGCCUCCACAAUGGCUCUCUCCUCCCCUUCUCUCGCCGGGAAGGCGGUGAAGCUCACCCCUUCGGCAGUCGAAGUCAUCCACUGCAGGUGGGCGAUGCUCGGUGCUCUCGGCUGCGUCUUCCCUGAGCUUCUGGCCCGCAACGGCGUCAAGUUCGGCGAGGCUGUCUGGUUCAAGGCCGGUGCUCAGAUCUUCAGCGAGGGAGGUUUGGACUACCUGGGCAAUCCUAGCCUUGUUCAUGCUCAGAGCAUCCUCGCGAUUUGGGCUACUCAGGUCGUUCUCAUGGGAGCUGUUGAGGGAUACAGAGUUGCUGGUGGGCCUCUCGGUGAGGUGGUCGAUCCUUUGUACCCCGGCGGCAGCUUCGACCCGUUGGGGCUCGCGGACGAUCCGGAGGCUUUUGCUGAGCUGAAGGUGAAGGAGAUCAAGAACGGUAGGUUGGCGAUGUUCUCGAUGUUCGGGUUCUUCGUUCAGGCGAUCGUGACCGGAAAGGGGCCUUUGGAGAACUUGGCUGAUCACCUCGCUGAUCCUGUCAACAACAAUGCCUGGUCCUAUGCUACCAACUUUGUUCCUGGAAAGUGAGGGGUUCACUUUUUUUUUUCCUUUUUCCUUUUUUCCUCUGAAGCAACAAUUACUUGAAUGGGCCUGCAUUAUCAUGAAUGGGUUUUGGAUGUUGAGGUUGUUGAUGGUGUAAAUUAAUCUCGUUCAAUAGAAAUCUUUCUCUGAUUGCAAAAAAAUUAAUCUGA